AUGGCGAGGCUACUCGAUCUCCCUAACGAGAUUCUUCUCAUCAUCUGCUCUUUCUUGAACCAUAUGGUUCUCAAGGACGAGCUCCAAGCUCUGUGCCUAACCUCCAAGCUUCUCUACUCAAUCGCACAACCCUUCCUGUACACUCGUUUUGAGCAAGAGGCGCGCUGCCAAUGUUGCAACAGCCGAGGUAUCCUACCUGGACACCUCGUUGCCAUGGUCCGUUUAGUUAGGACACUAAUCGAACGCCCUGAUCUCGCCGCUCGUGUUCAAUCCGCCACCAUCGACACCUCUGGGAACGAUGGCGACGAUGAUCAUGUCCGUAAAGCCGACUUUGACGCUGACACGUUGAAAACGCUCGCAGCUGGCUUCCAGCAGCUCCCUACCGACAAGGCUCAAUUGUUCAUGGAGACAGUAGAGAUGAGAUCAAACCCUUACCUGCUCCUCUUGGCUUCUCGCAUGUCCAACCUCGAGCAUCUAGAACUCGUGUUAGGUGAUGAAGGACUGGAUGACCUUGCGCCUUUGUUCACCCCGUGCUCUGAAGACGUCAUGAUUGAACAACCAUACCUGAGGAACUUGAAGUCAGUGGUCAUAAGGGAUAUGAUGCUUACCGAAUGUGAUUCCAUGAUGAACCUCGAUGCCGUCAUGGAGCUUCCUCAGCUCGAGAACUUUACCUUGAUCGGCCUCAACGGCGACGCUGAGGGUUGUCCGCUAUUCGAUUUCGAGCCAGGCACCUUGAACAUCUCAACUCUUACACUUGCAGCAGCUUGCCUCGACGCCGAGACUCUGACUCAGAUAGUGGCUGGAUGCAAAGAGCUCAAAGUCUUCAAGUAUUUCGGAAGCAACUUCGACGGGAACACCAUGAACGAAUCAAUCCAGUUUGACCCCUCAGAGCUUGUCUCGAUUCUUGCCUCGCAGCAGGAAAAUAUCGUGACACUUUUCUGCAAUCUCGACUGGGAGGUGAUCGAUCCCACCAACUGGAGCAGAUGCUCGAAGUACGGCUCCUUCGCAUCAUUCACAAAGCUCAUGCAUCUAGAAAUUGACCAGUACCCAUACACUCCGAAGCAGGAACUCCCUCCCAGCAUUCAUUGCCUCCAUAUCAAGAACAUCAGCUUCCCGAUCAUCGAUGUCGUGGGCUCCCUGAACAUGCGUACCAUCGACUUGCCCGAGCACGAGCUGCAUGACGAACUCCCAAACUUCUCGAUCCUCACCCUUGUUCCCCGUGAUGACAUCCCGAAUGGAAUGUUGGAUGUUCCCGCCCGCUAUGACCAUACUGAUGAAGAUCUUAAGACCAUGGGUGAGUUCGACUUCGCCUGUGAGACGCUCUGGGACAUUGCCAAGGAGUGCCGUUUCUCGGUGAGGGUGGAACAUGACGUUUGGGCCCGGUUCCAUGGUUACUUUUAG